UCCGUCGAAAGAAACAGGAAUCACUGGCCCCUUGGGAUUAUCGAGAAGUUGAUUGUCGAUAAAGAUGGAUGUAUACGGGGAGCAAAGGUGCGUACUGGAAAGAGUGUCAUUGAACGUGCUAUCCAGUUUUUAUACCCUAUGGAACUUUCAUGUGACAAAGCACCCUGUGUUUCUACUACUCCUACGAAAAGCUUGGAUCCCAGAGUACAACCUUUCCGACCCCGCAGAGCUGCAGCCUUGAAAGCCGAAGAAAGAAUGAGGAUUACUGCAGAUAGCGAAGAUGAACUUUAG